AUAAGAUAAGUUGUACCAGCAAUGUUGUACCUUCAUAUCUUCUGUACGUCUCCGCCGCCGUUGAGAAUUUCCGGCGAAAGUAUAGGCCUAUAGCGUUUGCCCAACACGCGCCUCUGCUAUAGCAAUAUAAAUAUCAAAUCACACACAAAUUUUAAAAUUUCUCCUUUUUCUCAUGGAUUUCUUUAAAUCUGUAUUCGUCGAUGAUCCAGAAGAACUUUCUGAUUCCGAAAACGCCCCUACUUCUCCAUCAAAUUCUCAAUCUCAACCCGAAUCCCCAAACACUAACCCUAACCCUAAUACUCCAGCCAUAUCAAACGCAUGGACUUUCGGUUCGAGCUUGUUCAAAACCAUAGCAUCGAAAUCUGAAUCCGUGAUGCAAAAUUACCGCCGCGAUCUCGAGGAGUUCAGCUCCGGUUUGAAAAAGGAAACCGCUACUAUCCGUGAAGUUGCUAGCCGUGCCGUUAAGGACUUGCCGGCUCGGCUUGAAUCAGGCGCCGCUGUUGCACAGGAAUCGCUCGAGUCGGUUGGCCAAGCGAUCGACAAUAUCGGCUCCACUGUAACAGAGAUCAUUGCUCACGGUAAGGACUCGAUCCUUGUUAAUGAUUCUGAUAGCGAAUUAUCUGAAAAUAGCACUAGUAGGAGUUUAGGGAGAACUAGUAGUUUAGAGCAAAAUUUGAACUUGGAUGCAAAACCUUAUAGUAGAAUUGAUGCGACGAUUCGAGCGGUUCAGUGUGAUGCGAAAACGUAUUGUGAAGAGCCAGAGGAUUCGAGUGAUUAUAACGAGUGGAAAUUGGGAUUUGUAUUGGAGGAGAAGAGUGGGGAAAUUGAGGAUUUGAUUAAGGAAAAUGGUGUAAUUGAUGAGAUUUAUAGUGAGGUGGUUCCGGAUAGGAUUGAUCGGGAGAUGUUCUGGAGCCGAUACUUUUACAAGGUUUAUAGAAUAAGGAAAGCAGAAGAAGCAAGGGCGAGGCUUGUGAAGAGAGCGAUCUCCGGUGAGGAAGAAGAGGAAUUGAGUUGGGAUAUUGAGGAUGAAGAUAAUGAGGACACAGAAGGGAGCAGCCGUGUUACAAGUGAAGAUGUUUUGAAACAAGAGAUUCAGAAGAAAAUGGAUAGUUUAGAGGUUGAGGACGAGGCAAGUAGAUCUGUAAGCGGAGAAGAUGAGAAAGAAAAAGGUCUAGAGACGAAAAGUGAUGAUGGGGAUGAGAAAGGAAGUUUGGUAGGAAGAGUAGAUGAUGCUGAGUCGAGGGGUGAUCGGGGGAGUUCAGAAGGUAAGAAUGAUAACAGUGAUUUUUCAGUUAUUUCUAGCCAA